AUGACCACUCUAGUAAUUUUUCCUGGCUCACUCAAACAGGAUUUCAAAGUAUUACGCCACGGUCUAACUAUUAUUAGCCGUAUCUCUUCUAUUCCUGGAUCGGGGAUCGGGGAUCGGGUAUCGGGGAUCGGAGAUCGGGGAUCGGGUAUCGGGUAUCGGGGAUCGGGGAUCGGAGAUCGGGGAUCGGGUAUCGGGGAUCGGGGAUCGGGGAUCGGAGAUCGGGGAUCGGGUAUCGGGGAUCGGGGGAGGGGAGUACGGAGGGAGGAAAGGACCAAAUUGAGUAUUUGUGUCGUGGUUCUUCCACAAGGAUAUAUGAAAAUUAUGGCGAUGCGAUAUGCGACUGAUCAUCCUCUUGAUCUUUACGGUGAGAAAUUUGAGACGUUCGGCACAUCUUUUUUGGCUGACCGCGAUGUGACAAACAUUGUGAAACGCCAUUCGAUUGGAAUGGAGGUGAAUAACUAUCUCCGUGAUAAUGUCACUUGUCACUACUACUACUACCACUACCGCUACUACUACUACUACUACUACUACUACUACUACUACUACUACUACUACUACUACUACUACUACUACUACUACUACUACUACUACUACUACUACUACUACUACUACUACUACUACUACUUAUAUUCACGAAUGAAACAAAAAAUCGUCGACAGAUUAUUUUGUUGA